AUGGUAUCCUUAAUGAGACUGAAUAUCAAUCGUUUUGGAUCAAAUGGAAUACAACUUUGGCGAUCGGGCAGGGAACUAGGAUUGAUAUAAACAACAUCAUUUUGUUUACACACCUGGAUUUUCCAAUCAAUUCGAUGCGAAUCAGUUAUGGAUGGGGCAGUGACGGCUUCUUCAGAUUUUACGAAAAUUCGGAUGUUGUUACUAGCCCUCAGACAGCGACAUCCACAAAGAAAGAAACUUCUGAUAGUCGAUCGACUCAGAACCGAAUAACAGAUGCGUUGCUUCCAGGAAGUGGGCCCAUUCUUUCAAGACAGGACGAGGACAAGCCAUCCUUUAUUUUGGUUGUUCUUGCAACAUCAACUGCUUGUCUUGGCUUCGUACUUUUGUCAACUUUAAUUGGGUUUUGCUGUUUAUGGAACAAGAAGAAUGCAACGGAAAUGGGGACUUAUUCACAGCCAAAUCCAGGCAGAGGAGAACAUUUCGAAGGAAGGGAACCCUACUGUAUAUGCCAGAAUCAGGAACACCACGCUACUGUGUCGUUUUAACAAUUUAUAUGACGGAUGACAACUUAAUGUUUUUGAAAUCAUUGUUGCAUAGACUGGGCCUAUAUGUUUUAGGGCUCAUCAGAAUGUUUAGUUAAAAUUCCAGUUUAAGAAACUAGCAAAUACACAUAUAACAGUUUCAGAAGAAAUAGAGCAUGUUGAACAACACUAUCGAUAUAAAACAUUAGAAACUAGUUUAUGCAUCAAUUCGAACACUGUAGAGAGCAAACAAAGAGAGAUUGAUAUACAGAAAGGGUGCGUCAACGAAAGUACAUUCAAACUGAAUGUUUAACUGAUUGUACGGAUCGGUUACCUUCAUUUAAACUGAAUACUUCAACGAGUAUGUUGACAACGUGUCUCCAAAAAAGUACACGUUCAUACACUAACGUACGAAAUAAGUGUAUUUACGUCGCCAACAUUGGAAAUCAUGACGUCUUCAUGUACAUAAGUGGUUGAUAGUAUGUUUUUUAUGUUUUGCUUUUUGUCUAAGGUUAAAUUCAUUUGGAGAUCAUUCUUCGUAAUUUGUUUUUAAGAUUUUUAAAAACAAUGCCAUAUACAAUGAGUUUUAAUGAUAAUUCGUAAAGAUUAAUUUUCCCUUAAAUAAUAGAAGCUUUUAGAACCAUCCGAUUUGCAGUAAAACAGUUAAACAGUCUUAAAUACAUACGUAUAUCAAAGUAUAGUGUCCUAAUUAAAAUGCAUUAUGGUAAACUUACACAUUAUUGAUGACAUAAAGUUGACACUUUAUUAUCCUAUAACACAACUGUAGAUCAAUAAAACCUUUAAAUGCA